AUGGUUGAAAAUAAUGACGUAGAACUCUCAGAGGCAGAAGCUGAACAAUAUGAUAGACAAAUUCGUCUAUGGGGCUUGGAAUCUCAAAAGAGGUUACGCGCUUCUAAAGUUUUAAUCAUCGGCAUGUCUGGUCUAGGAGCCGAAAUAGCCAAAAAUAUUAUACUAUCAGGUGUGAAGAGUGUAUGUUUAUUGGACAGUGAGAAACUCAAAGAAACAGAUCUUUACUCACAGUUUUUGGCUCCUCCGGACAAAAUAGGUGAAAAUAGAACCGAGACAUCUCUACAGCGUGCGAGGGCUUUGAACCCUAUGGUGGACGUCACUGCAGAGACGAAAGGUGUGGACAAUCUUCCCGAUAGCUACUUUGCGGCUUUCGAUAUAAUCUGCGCUACCGGUUUGAAGCAGGAGCAACUAGAACGAGUUAAUAACAUAUGCCGCGACAACAACAAGAAAUUUUUGUGUGGCGACGUCUGGGGCACGUUUGGAUACAUGUUUGCUGAUUUAAUCGACCAUGAAUAUUCCGAGGAGAUAGUUCAACACAAAGCUGUUAAACGUGGACCCGAUGAUAACGAAGCAAAUGCUAGAGAAACUGUCAGUAUUACUGUGAAGAGAAGAGCUAUUUACGUUCCCUUACAAAACGCCUUAUCCGUCGACUGGACCAAACCUGAAUUGCGAUCGAGAUUACGUAGAGGAGACCCGUCAUAUUUUGUCAUGAAGAUUCUUUCAAGAUUUAGAGAUGAAUAUAACAGAAACCCUGAUCCAGCACAGCGUAAAACUGAGACUGAAAUAUUGUUGCGUAUGCGAGAUGAACUAGUUAAAGAGCUGUCUCUCCCUGCUGGAUUUAUAAAGGAUGCCUUACUGACAGAUGUAUUUGGAAUAGUAUCUGGUGCUGCUGCCGUCGUUGGUGGAGUUAUUGCUCAGGAAGUUGUGAAGGCUUCUAUAGCGCGAUUUCCAGAAGCUGAAGAUAAAUUAAGGAUGGAAAUGAAUGUGGUGUCUGAAGUUAGUGAUACGAGAUACAGACUGGCAGCGGAAACAGCUGAAAAAGCGCAAUUACUAACAGCUUUAUUACCCGCUGCCCAGGACGCCGCGUCAUAUGACUUGAAAGAAAUGUUGCAAAGGUACAAAGAUGUUAUUUUAUUAAAUGAAGAGUUACUUGCGGGUUGUCACGUACGGCGGGCGACGCAGGAACAAACUCUGACGUCACUAAAGAACUUGCACACUAUACUACAACAAGCAGCUAGGUUGAGAGUUGGCAAAUACAGUAAAAUGGUUGUGAACGCAUGCAGAAAAGCCGUCAGCGACAACAACACUGAGGCUCUUGUUAAAAUACUACAAGCUGGGGAUACUUAA